GGGCUCUGACAGUAUUCUAGACAAAAUGGCGGAUGUUGUUGUUUUGCCGCAGGGUCAGUGCUAAUCGGAGUUCGCCUUUUCACUGAUUUACUGCAAGAAAAUACAUACAUAAUAUCGUUGGUGACAACCUUCAUCAUUGUAAGAGUUUGCGAGGUGGACUGUAAUGAAAGGCAAAGAAAGGUCGCCGAUUAAAAAGCGCUCUCGGGCUUUGGAUGAUAUCCGAGACAGGGGAGGAGGCCAUCCGCCCAGCAAGAAAAUGGGGGCUAUCUCAGUUUCCAGUGGGAGCAAUAAUGGAAAUAGCUCGACUAAAAGUGACGCAGGAUCUACAAGAAGGAGUUUGUUGGGCGAAAAGAGAGACAGGGAUUUUGACGGGCAUGUUUCCAGUCGAUCCGGCGUGAGUAACCAUAGUUAUCCCGGUGCUGUUGCUAGCGCUAUCGGUAAGAACCACAACUUGGGCUUGACUCUCGAUUUAGCCACUGCAAGGACUAGUAAUUCUCGUGGCGAGCGUGCUCUGCCUCCCCCCAACAACAACGAAAGUGAGUACAAAACUCUUAAAAUCAGUGAAUUAGGAACUCAGUUGAGCGAUGAAGACAUCGAAGAUGGACUUUUCCACGAAUUCAAAAAAUUUGGGGACGUGAGUGUCAAAAUAAGCCGCAGCAACGACGAGAGAAUCGCGUUUGUCAACUUCAGAAAGCCCGAGGAUGCCAGAGCAGCUAAACACGCCCGGGGUAGGUUAGUACUUUACGACCGUCCUCUGAAAAUCGACGCAGUGUACAUAAACAGACGGAGAAGUCGCUCUCCAGUUGAGAGAGUUGACAGAGACCCUUAUGUUGGAGCCCCAGGGCACAGACACCUUCACACCCAGAGACCCCUCUCCCCAUCAGGGCUUGGAUACAGAGACUACAGACUACAGCAGCUGGCACUUGGGCGCCUCCCUCCUCCCCCACUUCCCCCUUUGCCCAGAGACCUAGAACGGGAGAGGGAGUUUGCCCUGUUUGAAGCCAGGUCACGCCCAGGUCCUGCUUUCAUUGCAGAGAGAGUUGCUGCUUUCCGCGAGGAGGAUUUUAUCUCUCCCGAGGAUGACCAAAGAGCUAACAGAACGCUGUUUCUUGGCAACUUGGACAUUACAGUCACAGAGACGGACCUGAGGAGGGCGUUUGACAGGUUUGGGGUGAUAACAGAGGUGGAUAUAAAGCCCACACGGGGACAGACCAGCACAUACGGAUUUCUGAAGUUUGAGAACCUAGACAUGGCCCAUCGCGCCAAACUCACCAUGUCUGGGAAGAUAGUGGGCCGUAACCCCAUAAAGAUUGGCUAUGGUAAGGCCACCCCCACCACACGCCUAUGGGUGGGUGGGCUCGGACCCUGGGUCCCCCUAGCAGCAUUGGCCAGAGAGUUUGACCGCUUUGGUACAAUAAGGACCAUUGACUACAGAAAGGGGGACACCUGGGCUUAUAUACAGUACGAGAGCCUUGACGCUGCUCAGGCUGCGUGCACUCACAUGCGUGGCUUCCCUCUUGGGGGGCCCGAGAGGAGACUCAGGGUGGACUUUGCAGACACAGAGCACCACUACCAGCAGCAGUUCCUUCAGCCUCUUCCUCUACCCCCCUUCGACAUGGUGGCAGAGGCUUUCAUCCACCGAGCCACAGCUGAGCCCCUGAGGGACAGAGAAAGGACUCCACCGCCGCUCCACUUCAGGGAGAGAGAUCUGGGCUUCCCCGGGGCUGAGUGGCCCCCUAACCCGGCUAUGCGUGAACGAGUACGUCCCGGGGUCUUUGAGCUGCCAGAUCACCUGCAGCGGGACCGGCGGCCGGGGGGGAGGGAGCCCUGGUCUCUAGAGCGUGAGCUGGUGGGGCGCGGCGGCGACCCGGGACGGAAACGACGCCUCAUGGACGACGGUCGCCAUCUUGAUAUCUCUCCUGACAGCACUGACCGCACGGCACGCCGGCGCAGAGGUGGCCCAUCCCCAGACGGUAGCCCCGACGGAGGCCGCUUCAGUGACUCAGAGCGCCCCCCUCGCGGCGACGACAGACCCUCCCCUGGACGAGACCGCCGCCCCAGUCUGGAGCGUCCUGGCGGAGGAGACAGGAGAUUGAAGAACCAGGGGAAUCUCGCUGAGAGAGGGGCCUCCAGCAGUGGCCUCACAUCUUCAACAGGGGAACGGAAACGUAAAGCCGGCGACAGCAGCAGCAGAGGACCCGGAGCUAAGAGGGAUCGCUCCUCAGACCAGGGCGGCUCUAAAGGCAGUCAGUCAUCCAAGCUGAGCCUGGCCUGGCACGGCAUGCUCCUCCUGAAGAACAGCAACUUCCCCGCCAACAUGCACCUCCUGGAGGGUCACCAGGGCGUGGCCAAGGACCUCCUCGUCGACGGCCCCACGGGGAGACAGGUGGGCGAACUCAAGAUCACCCAGCGCCUCCGCCUCGACCAGCCCAAGCUGGACGAGGUCUCCAGACGCAUCAAAGCGGCCGGCCCCGGCGGCUACGCCGUCCUCCUGGCGGUUCCCGGUCCCGGCGGCGAGGAGGUGUCGUCGACGGACCCUGCAGCUUCUACCCAGCGUCCUCUCCGCAAUCUGGUGUCCUACCUGAAACAGAAGCAGGCAGCCGGAGUCAUCAGCCUGCCCGUUGGAGGCAGCCGGGAUAAGGACCACCAGGGUGUUCUCCAUGCGUUCCCUCCCUGUGAGUUCUCACAGCAGUUCAUUGAUGCCUCGGCUAAAGCUCUGGCCAAAACCGACGAGGACUAUCUGGUGAUGGUAGUGGUGCGAGGGCCAUCAUAACUACAAUCAGAGAGGAAGCAGGACAUCAGUGAUAUUGUACAAAAGAAAAAAAGAUGUCAGUAACUACUAUUGCAUGCUGUGUGUUGAGUUCAGCUCCAUGGGGUACUACUACUAGAGUAGGGGUAUGAUGGGGUACUACUAGAGUAGGGGUAUGAUGGGGUACUACUAGAGUAGGGGUAUGAUGGGGUACUACUAGAGUAGGGGUAUGAUGGGGUACUACUAUAGAGUAGGGGUAUGAUGGGGUACCACUAGAUGGGGUACUACUAGAGUAGGGGUAGGAUGGGGGCGUAGGCUAUGUCACUAUUUGUUCCACCAAAAUAAAUAUGAAAUGCCCUCUUGAAAGUCAACAAAUGUGUAGGCAAAUUGUGCAACCCUGUUUUAUUAAAUAAGUGUGUGCUCAUUUCCGGACAGUAUUACAAAAGGGGGACAUUCUAGAAAUACAAUCUAGCUUGAAAUGAGGUAAAAUGGCACCCUUUUUCAAUUAGGAAAACUUGAGAAGGCUCCAUUCCAACAUUUGGUCCACUGGUAGUGUUCCAUUGAUCGUAUUAUAUAAACGGAUCCUUCAGAAAGUAUUCAUACACCUUGAUUCAUUCCACAUUUUUCUUGUGUUUUCCUGAAUUUAAAAUGGAUUUAAAAAACAAAUUGUCUCUCACAUCUACACACAAUACCCGACAAAGUGAAAACAUGUUUUUAGAAAUUUUGCCAAAUUUAAUUGAAAAUUAAAUACAGAAUGAUCUCAUUUACAUGAGUAUUCACACCCCGUAGCCAAUACUUUGUUUCUAAGUACCUUUAGCAGCAAUUACAGCAAUUACAGCUGUCCCAGUCUUUCAGGGGUUAGUCUCUAAGAACUUUCCACUCCAUUUAUUAUGCUUCCUUCUUUUCUCGCUGUCAGUUAGGUUAGUAACUACUACAUUGUUGAUCCACCCUCUGUCAUUAAAACAUCAUCACUAUUAUUGCACACAGAGUGAGUCCAUGCAACUUAUUAUGUGACUUGUUAAGCACAUUUUUUUACUCAUGGACGUAUUUAGGCUUGCCAUAACAAAAGGGUUGAAUACUUCUUUUUUUCACGACAUUUCCGAUUUUCAUUUUUUAAUUAAUUUGUAAAAAAUAAAAUAAAAAAACAUAAUUCCACUUUGCCGUUAUGUGGUAUUGUGUGUAGGCCAGUGACACAUCUCAAUGGAAUCCAUUUUAAAUUCAGGCUGUAACAUAACAAAAUGUGGGGAAAGUCAAGGGGUGUGAAUACUUUCUAGAAGGCUCUGUAUAUUAGGCUGCUUUAUGCUUCAUUACAAUCAUUUCGUGUCAUUUACAGUUAAUUAUAUAUUUUUCACCUCAAGGCCCUUUCUAAAAGUCCUGAAUUAUGAAGCCACAUGUCACAUUUUGAGAAAUAUACCACAAGAUCUGUUUGACGAGGAUAUAAAUCAUAUUUCCAUUUCUCACAAAAAAAAUGUAUUUGGGGACAAUUAUGUUGGGAUAUGUCAUUACUUGACAACAUUGACUUCCUGUCUUUCUGUAAUACAUGAAAAUGGUUCAAACCUAGGAAUCGAAUGUCCCUAUGCACAGUAGGCUAUCUGUGGUUAAGGAAUGGUUCAUGACACUACAAAAUGGGCCGAGACAAUGGGGUUUAGUUGCAGAGUGUAAACUCAACCUAACUUGUCUGUGGUGUGAAUAUAGUGUAUUCAAUUGGUUUCCAAAUGUGUUUUAAUGUUUAAGCUACUCACCAGUAAUACUUGGGCGUAUUGAGAGGCUGAAUGAGAAAUAUAGAGGUGAUUUUUGCCCAGCUAAUAUACUGUAGGAUGGGCCCAUCAAUGCAAUGACGCAACAAACACACAGCCCACUAAGAGAGAUGCUAAGGGUAGAUUUUAUUGUGUGCAUUUUCUUUAGCACCACCUGACCCUUGGUAGUAACUUGUGACCUAUAACCUUUGACCUAUAAUGUGUGGUAAAAUUACACUAGAGAUAAAAAAACAAACUUAAGCUUUUGUUGUUGUUGACAUUUGUUGGUCCGGUUUCAUUCAAUUAAUAUACCAAUGUUUGUUGCCAAGUUUGUCUGAAUAUGACAGUAUUUUAUUGGUAAUCAUUGCUAACAAAUGAUUUACGGUAAUCCUAAUAAUCAAUCAGUUAAAAGGCUAUUCAACAUUUGGAGAAACUGAUCAUUUUAGUUUUUUUUUUUUUUGAGGAAAACUUAAAUUGUAAGUUUGAUAAGUUUUAGUGCUAUUAUUUUUUAGUAUUUUUAAACCACAAUGUUUUCCCCUUUUGCGGCCAGCAGAAAACAGCUAGAUUUGUCAGACUUAAAAGCCUACUGUUGGUAACAUUUUAUGGCAGUUUUUUUAUUUUAAAACUGAGUUGUAGUUUUAGGAUGUUUUAAGAGGAGGUUGCUCUGGUUUAUCUGUUUGAAAAACUGUAUGAGAAAAAAAAUCUGUAUUUGUCUCACCGCCUCAACUGUGGACUUCCUAUGGCUCAAACCUCACAGGAAACUCUGAAGAGAAGGAAACUACUUAGUAUUUGUGUGUUUUCACUGAGAAAGCAGCUUUUAAGUUGUCUUCUUUUGUGUUCUGUUUUUAAAUGGAGUAAUAUGACCCUCUGGCUUUGUGCUGUGUACCUGGUUUCAUUGGGAAGACGUGAAAAGGGGAAAUCCUCUUCCCACACUGCGCUUACUGCCAAGCUGUUUAACACACACAGAGACAAAGUGCAUUUAUGCACUUAUUUGUCCUCCGAAUAUCAAUAAAUGUUCAUUUGUUGGAAA